AUGGAAAAGAAGAAACAUGAAGCAUUUCAGUACUUUAAAAAGCGCUGCGGAUUGACCACUGAAAAGAUUGUGCAUGAGUUGUGGAACAUGUUGGGAGAUCUGCAGAGAUCGUAUGAUAACCUUGAGGAUGAAUGGAAAACAAAACCAGUCAAAUUUUUGGAGCUCAUGAUCUUGGAUGGUUGUUUAAUAAUGCAUAUCCUUUUGGAAGAUACAUAUUUACCAAGAUUUAACAAUGUGGAUGUACAGCGAGAUAUGUUGCUGCUUGAGAAUCAGCUGCCCAUGAUGCUUCUUGACAAGCUGUAUUCCAUCUUAAAGGGACGGGAGAAAAAAGUCAAAUCACUUGUUUGGGAGUCGAGUAACUUACCCGCCUAUGCAAAGGAAAAGUUAAUGAAGAAGAACUACUCGCACCUUCUAGAUAUGUAUAGGGCGGAAUUGCAGUAUCACGAUGGGAAUAAACAGAAACUACUUCAUCACAUCCACUUGGGAAUAAUAUUCAGCGACUUGGAAAUGGGUCAUGAAAUUCAGCUAGCCACACGCUUCCAUAAAGCUGGGAUCAAACUCAAGAAAGGGUGUAACCUUAGGGACGUGAAUUUUGAUGAAAACAAAGGUGUGUUGAGCCUCCCGUUCAUCGAAAUGAAUGCUAACAUUGAAUCAGGCUAUUUGAACACGAUGGUAUUUGAGAAGCUUUCUGGGAUUAAGAACAAAGUAGGCUCUUACGUCAUCUUCAUGGGUAAUCUACUGGAGAAAAAUGAGGUAGAUUCAUUCUAUCAGCUGGCAAGAGGCAAGCUUUUGGACAUGUCGGGUCGCUACCCUUACAUCUACAAUUCAUUGAAUGAGCAUUGUAAAAGGCCAUGGAGAAUAUGGUGGACGACUCUCAAAGAUGUCAACUUUCAAAAUCCGUGGACCAUUAUCUCUACUCUUUCUGCUUCGAUCGGUUUUGUGCUCCUUAUUCUCCAAACCUUAUACGGAGUGUAUGGCUACUACCUCCCACGUCGAUCUUGA